UUUCUAGUGCUAAUAAUCUAUAAAUGGCGAAGAAGACAUUUUUCAGUGUACGAAAACAUUGAAAUUUUUUUGUUAGAAAACAGUAUAAAUCCCAUUAGAUAUGAGUACCGAGCAGUCAAGAAAAUGACUAAAGGUUUUAACGUGAAGUUAGGAGAAGGAGGUUUUGGUUCUGUGUACAAAGGAAAGCUUCAAAGUGGGUUAGAUGUUGCAGUAAAGAUGUUGAGCAAAUCUAAGGAUAAUGGUCAAGAGUUUGUUAAUGAAGUAGCUACCAUUGGAAGAAUACAUCAUGUGAAUGUGGUAGGUCUUAUUGGAUAUUGUGUUGAAGGAAAAAAGCGUGGCUUAAUUUAUGAAUACAUGUCUAAUGGCUCAUUAGAUAAAUACAUUUUCUCUAAAGAAGGAAGUGUUCUUUUGAGUUAUGAGAAGAUAUAUGAAAUAUCUCUUGGAAUUGCUCAUGGGAUAGCAUAUCUACAUCAAGACUGUGAUGUGCAGAUUUUACAUUUCGAUAUCAAACUUCAUAAUAUUCUUUUAGAUGAUAACUUUACUCCAAAGGUUUCAGAUUUUGGACUUGCAAAAUUGUAUCCUACAAAAGACAAAUCCAUUAUUUUGACUGCAAUAAGAGGAACACUGGAUUACAUGGCUCCAGAAUUAUUCUACAAAAAUGUAGGUGGAGUUUCUUAUAAAGCUGAUGUCUAUAGUUUUGGAAUGCUUUUAAUGGAAAUGGCAAGUAGGAGGAAAAACUCAAAUCCUUUAGCAGAACAUUCAAGCCAACAUUAUUUUCCCUUUUGGAUUCAUGAUCAAUUUAAAGAAGAGAAAGAUAUUGACAUGAAAGAUGCUUCAGAAAUGGAUAAGAUUCUCAUGAAAAAAAUGUUCAUAGUUGCACUUUGGUGUAUACAAUUUAAACCAAAUGAUCGUCCAUCAAUGAACAAGGUUGUAGAGAUGCUUGAAGGAAAAGUUGAAACUCUUGAAAUUCCUCCAAAACCUUCAUUUUAUAUUCAAGAAAUAUUAGAACAUGAUGGUACAAUCUACUCUCAUGAAACACCAAGAAGUGAUUCAACUAGUUCUUAUGUGAAUGUUGAUUCAAACAUGUCUAAUCACUAA